AUGAUGAACUUUCGCCAGAGGAUGGGAUGGGUGGGCGUGGUUCUCUUCCUGCUGUUCAGCAUGAUGGCAGCCUACUACGUCUUUGAGGUGCACAGCUUCAGUCUGGAGCAUGUGCAGAGAAGCAGCAUGGGUACUUUGGUUAUGCCCCCCCUUGUCUCCACCCACUUGUCAUCGCUGCCUGUGUGGAUGCUGGCGUCAGUCUUCUUGCUGCCGUACCUUCAGCUCUUCCUGUUCCUGUUCUCUUGCACCAGAGCGGACCCCCGAGCUGUAGGAUACUGUGUGCUCCCCGUCUGCAUCGUCCUGCUGUGCAGCCGUCACCAAGCAGCCAAACCAACCAAUCACAGAGCGGGCACACUUAUUGACACGUAG